CACCACCACCACCUCCGAUCCACCACCACCACCUCCGAUCCGGCGGCGAGGAGGAUGGGGCUCGACGGGCUGGUCGUCGUCUCCGACCCCUACCUGCAGCGCCGCUUCUCGCAGGCCGACCUCCGCGCGCUCCAGGCCCAGUACGCCUCGCUGCGGGACGCGUCGCCGAGCGGGAGGCUGCGGCUGCGGGACCUGCCGGCGGCGCUGUCUGCCGGGGGCGCCGAGAAGGAGAACAGCGCGCCGGGGGCGCAGCUCACGGAGGAGGAGUGGGCGUCCGUGCUCAAGGCCGUGCCGCGCGCCGCCGACGACAGGCCGCAGCAGGGGGUCGGAUUCGAGCUCUUCCUCCGCGUCUACGCCGAGAUGCAGCUGCGGCUCAAGGGCGGGAAGAAGGCGGGCGGAGGCGGCGGCGGCAUCGCGCGCUCCUCUUCCUCUUCCGCGGCGGCGUUCCUCACGGCCGCCACCACCACCCUGCUGCACACCAUCAGCGAGUCCGAGAAGUCGUCCUACGUCGGCCACAUCAACGCCUACCUCGCCGAGGAUCCCUUCCUCAAGAACGCGCUCCCCAUCGAUCCGGCCACCGAUCACCUCUUCCACCUCACCAAGGACGGCGUGCUCCUCUGUAAGCUCAUCAACUUGGCCGUGCCGGGGACGAUCGACGAGCGCGCCAUCAACACCAAGAAGCUGCUCAACCUGUGGGAGAAGAACGAGAACCACACGCUCUGCCUCAAUUCUGCCAAGGCCAUCGGCUGCACCGUCGUAAACAUCGGCACGCAGGACCUCGCUGAGGGGAGGCCUCACCUUAUCUUGGGCUUGAUAUCUCAAAUAAUUAAGAUACAACUUUUGGCUGAUGUAAACCUGAAGAGUACACCUCAGUUAGUUGAAUUGGUUGAAGACAGCAAGGAGAUGGAGGAGCUUAUGAGCUUGUCUCCUGAAAAAAUACUACUCAGGUGGAUGAACUUUCAACUGAAGAAAGGAGGUUUCCAGAGAACAGUAACCAAUUUUUCGUCAGAUAUAAAGGACAGUGAGGCAUAUGCUUGUCUACUGAAUGUCCUGGCACCUGAAUGCAGUGCUAAACCAUCCCCGUUGGCAGUUAAAGAUCUUCUUCAUAGAGCAAGAUUAGUUCUUGAGCACGCAGACAGGAUGGGCUGCAAAAGAUAUCUGACCCCAAAAGACAUCGUCGAUGGUUUGCCAAAUCUAAAUCUUGCCUUUGUGGCUCAUAUUUUCCAGAAAAGGAAUGGUCUGUCAAAACAAAUGAAGCAAGUUUCCUUUGUCGAUGGGCUCUCUGAUGAUGCUCAAGUUUCGAGGGAAGAAAGGUCAUUCCGACUAUGGAUUAAUAGCCUUGGAAUUUCUACAUACAUCAACAAUGUGUUUGAAGAUCUUAGAAAUGGAUGGGUGCUUCUUGAGGUGCUUGACAAGAUUGCUCCUGGCUCAGUUAAUUGGAAGAUGGCGAAUAGGCCUCCAAUAAAACUACCCUUCAGGAAAGUGGAAAAUUGCAAUCAAGUUCUGAAGAUUGGGAAAGAACUAAAAUUUUCCUUGGUGAAUAUUGCUGGUAAUGAUAUUGUGCAAGGAAACAAGAAAUUGAUAUUAGCUUUUUUGUGGCAAUUGAUGAGGUACAAUAUCCUUCAGUUGUUAAAGAAUCUGAGAUUCCAUUCAAAUGGAAAGGAGAUCACAGAUAAUGACAUACUGAAAUGGGCAAACCAAAAAGUCAAGGAUUCUGGAAAGCGUUCUCGUAUGGAGAGUUUCAAGGAUAGAAGCCUUUCAAGUGGCAUAUUUUUCCUAGACUUACUUGGAGCUGUUGAACCUCGGGUUGUGAAUUGGAGCCUUGUGACCAAAGGAGAAAAAGAUGAAGAAAAGCAAAUGAAUGCUUCAUACAUCAUUUCUGUGGCUAGAAAACUUGGUUGCUCCAUCUUCUUACUACCAGAAGAUAUACUUGAGGUGAACCAGAAAAUGAUGCUGACAUUAACGGCGAGCAUAAUGUACUGGCAUUUGAAAAGGCCAACAUCGUAUUCGUUGGACACCGAGAACGGGAGUUCAUGCGAGACAAGCUCCGUCUCAACAUCAGAUGAUUCUGCAUCUGAAUCAUCGUUUGAUGAUGGCGGAGCUAGAUAGAUGUGCAAGGCCAUGAAAGGAAACGAUCUGACUGCUAUUGUUGAAACGUGGGAUACUCCUCCCAUGAAGGAUUGGUUAUGUUCUUGAUUCUUUUGCUAUAAUUUGGAGAGCAAAUGCAUUCAAGAGUGGGGAUGGGAAUGGCAAAGAGUUUUGAUUGUUUCGCUUUAUGGGGUUUUUUGUAGUGUGAGAUCGAUUUGAUGAGAGAUGUGUAACAUCCUGUAAAUAUUGACACAGGUAGCCGAUAUCUGUAACAUCAUAUAGUGGCAGUGGAUUUUUCUGAAAUCCACAUAGAUUGAUUGGUUUGGCAUUUCUCGCACCAGGUAGGUUACAGUUAGAACAUUUUUUAGCAGAACUAGUUAGGUUGUUAGUAAUUUUAGGAAUAAG